UUGAGCCAAAUGCCAAAAAAGUGAAAGUUACUUCUGAAGAAAUGUUUACACAAGAUGAAAGCUUGGCUGGUAUAGAACUGUCAUAUAUGCGCUAAAAAGCUGCAGAGACAGUGAGACUUUGAAUUUUUACAAGACAAAGCUUGGUGUGAAUGCAGGAGACAUUCGAACAUAUUUCACGCUCGUUACAAACCGCCAUGGAAGGGAAAAAAGAUUCCGAAUUCACGAAAAAGGUGCGGUUCGACCUAAACGAGGAGGUUUUUCUUAUUCCAAGUAAAUGGGACCGACUGAGCAAAUGUAAAACUGCCAGUGUGAAAAACACCGAUGGAUCGGCGAACAAACAGAGCUCCAGAAAUCGUGCUGCUGCGGAACGCCGGUGCGAAGCGACUCGUGGUAAACAAAACAAAACUAAAGACAGAACGACAAAGGGUGUCUCAAAUCGCGAGUCAAACGGAAUACUUUCAGAAAACGGCAGAUUAGGUGCUACACUCAAUGGUAUAACCAACAGUGGAAGAAAAACUGCGCGACAUAGAGAAGGACGAGAAAAUUCUAACGUUACGAAUUCGACGCCUCCGGUUGAAGGGAGAUUAAAACUAUAUCACCGCCCUUCCCAAGAACUGCAGAACCUUAGCCUCGUUUUACCUAAAAUUCCAUAUACGCCAGAUCUUAAAAAGGCGAUCGAAAAAGCGCUGCAAAGAUCUCGCCGUAAACCAACUUUGGACAAUGGUCUUCACAGUGCUGCAACGGACACGCGAGAAAAUAGGGCUUUGGAAAUUUUCAACUCCUUUUCGAAGGAAAAUGAUAAAGUAAUGCCUCAAAGGAGGCUUUCGGAUAGUUCUAUUAGGACAGGAGAUAAAAAACCGACCGGAAAUAAACGAACCCCGGACAAGGAAAGUGAUUCUAAAUUUAGCGAACUUUCCACAGAUUUUAAUGGCUCGACUCCAUUCUCCGCAUGGAGUCCAAAAGAAAGCACGUAUACCUCACGAUCAAACACUACACCAUCUGUUCUAACAAGAGGGCGCUCCAUGCCGUCGAUAAUACCAAGCAGCAUAUUAUAUUGAUACAUCAGUAAUGUUCUCUAAUUUGAUCGACCGACUCUUGCAGAGGAUGAACAAGUUACUUAACGAAUACCUCAUUCACACCAGCAAAACCUGUUUAGUUAGUUAAACUGCGUUUAGUCGAGGGAAAAUUAUAAACAGAAAUGAAAACUGAAUUUCCCAUUAGUUCUAAGUACUCAAGAACUUGUUUUUCAAGCGCCAAAUUUUAACAAGAUAGACAUCGGUUGAAGCAGCUUAAUUCUUUGAAGAAAAAUAAAUUUAACCGUGUCGAACAAAACAGUUUUAAAACAUGUUUAAACUUUGGUGUGAAUGAGGUAUAAGCUGCUGGUUAAAAUUACAUUCCAGGAGUUAGGACUUAACUCUAGAAAAAGAUAUGGAGUAUUUAUGGAGACAUUAUAGUUUAAGUUUCCUGGAUCCAAUAACUUAGAUAUCUAAUCAGUUAUACUAUUAUUUUCAAGC